UAAAGAAACACUUGGCUAAGAAGAACCCUGAUUUCCAAGACCACAAUCGUGACUAGUGACAAGUUAGAACUAUGUCCCGAUUUUUAGGAAAAGCCAGAGAUCGGCUUCAGCGAGGAUUGCGUUUUGGUCGGAUGUUGAUCCACAAUACUGUUCCGCAGAAAAUGGCCACUAAGGCCGCAGAACCGCCACUCAAAUGUCCUGGUGGCGAGAAGAAGCGAAAGCCAGGAUUCUUUGCCAGCGGCGGUCAACAUGCGGUACUCAGUGAUUGCCCAAAACCAGAGGGCGAUUUCAUGAAGGCCUGGUCGGAAAAGAACAGUCGCUAUAAUCUCUUCCUUAUUUCCGGCCUCCUGGCGGCAGGGGGAUCACUAGGAUUUGCUUUUUCUUCAGGUAUGAUGUGCCUCAACUGGACCAUUCCCGAGUAUCCCUACACCGACGAGGAGAGGGAGGACUUCGAGAUCGAGGAGGAGCGUCGGCGGGAGGAGAAGGAGGCGCGCGAGGAGCGCCACCAGGACGCCGUCGAGGCCAGGGAGCUGGGCAUCCGUCGCCGGCGGGCAAAGGAGGCCAUGGAGCGCGAGGUGGAGCUGAUGCAGCGGGACAUGGACGGCGGCAUUAGCGACGCCGAGCUGGAUGAGCUGCAGCGCCUGGCCGCCGAGCGCGAGUCCUUCGAGCUGUGGGAGAAGGACGAGCUGAAGCGGAUCGAGGAGCAGGAGAAGGAGCGCGAGAAGAUCCGCAAGGAGAAGGCCAAGGUCAGGGCCGAGAGGGACAAGGAGCGCGACAAGAAGCGCCAGGAGAAGGAGAAGCAGCUCGAAAAGGAGGAGGCCGAGCGCGAAAAGGCUCGCGAAAAGGCGCGCAAGGAACGCGAAAAGGCCGAAAAGGAGAAGCAAAAGGAGAAGGAGAAGGCCGAAAAGGAGGCCGAAAAGGCCAGAAAGGCGGUCUAGUCGAAUCCCCAUCCCCCGUUUCAUUUACUUUGCCAACAGUAACAACACAAAAAGCUAUCAACAUGUACUAGGUCCACAAAAAGUCGGGCAAAUACAAAGGACACUAACCGAAUAUAUAGCCCUUAAACACUGGUAAUACUGUUAAAUAAAUUAACAAAAUUGGUUACUGUUGGCCAGAGAA